UUUAACCAAAAUUACCAUCUUACCGCAAUUUUAUCAUAAUUUUGAGUCCAACGGCUAAUUUUACAUCUCUGUUUGCGACUUGACUAAAUCUGUGUUAGCCUCCGGAUAAUUUCAAACGAUAAACACAGUCUGAUGUAUAUCGUGACCGCUCGAGGACAAUAGCCGCGUGUGUAUACAAAAACAUUUGUGUUGGUCUGCCGUCGAGUAGUUUACUCUGUCGGCAGGGAAGGACACGUAGAAUGGCACGUAAGUCAGUGUGAAAUGUUCUAAGCAACUUUUAUAAAAUGUCACCAUCGUCGAUAUAAAAUCUCCACGAAUAUCGUUCGUGAUAAUAUUUCAGCUUUUAGCAUACGGCUGACACGUAAAAUCUUUUGACACUAAUUCGUUGAGGACAGAGAUAGAGAUUUGCGAAUGUAUAUUUACUUCGGAACUUCGGUUCUGUCGCGAUGCAUAGUGAUAUCUUGUUAAUUGUGCGCGAUCGUGAUUAGCCGCGAUUCUCCGAUCGAGUUUCGUUCGAAAUAUCCGAGAACAUUAACGGUGCAAUAUUAUAACAGUGUGACGGUGCAAAAGGACGCAACGACGAUCCGACGAGGGGAACCCAAGGAAUCGACGACGAGGAUCCAACGGCGACAAGGAGGAUCCAACAAGGACGCAGCAGCGAGAAUGCAAGAGCGAAUAUGCAACGGUGACUCGUUUGACGCUGUCAUAGAGAACGACGGGCAACCUGAGUGCGACUGCAAGAGAAGACGCUUCUCCCAUCUGCAAAGACUGGCAAAGGUCGGUAAACUGAGUUGUUGCUCAUUUGUCGAGGACGACGUUCCGUCCACACCGUGGCAGCCGCCCGAUCGCCGGGAGCACAAGCCAUUCAACGGGAUUUGCGUAUUGCCGAACAUGCCGGACGUGGACACUUUGAUCCAAGAGUUCGAGGCGAGCUACGCGCCGUCGACGAGCGAGAAGAAGAAUCGAGAGGACGUCGCGAAAUCGAAGGGCAUGUUCGUCAAGAGGAUCAUCGAGAUCUACGAGAUGAAGAACGGGGAAGCCGACCAGGAAGCGACCGUCGAGGACAAACGAAAGCCGAAGAAGAACCGGAGCGGUGGUCUCUUCUCGGCCGUCACCGGCAUCCAGACGCCGAAGAAACCGGAAGAGAGGCGAGACGGCGCGGAAAAGCGCGAACUGGCUGACGCGACGGAUCCGCCGAACUGCGAUUCUCGCCGAGCUGGCGCGGGAGCCGCGCGGGAAAACGACAACGACGAAGAGGAGAUCGAUCGCGCCGAGGAGCCGUUAGAGUUGACCGUUGCGACUCCCGACCCCCGCGCUUCGUCUCUGAAGAGGGAGGAAGGAAAGACGAAAGAGAAAGGCAAGGGGAAAAGUUCGAGGAAGUUGCGGCGGCUGCUCGGCAAGUUCAGCAGGAGCGAUUCGAGGCGCGCGACGAGAAGAUGCCGACUGCCGUUCUCACGGCAGGACGAUCUCUGGCACAUAAAGAGGAAGGGACGAAUCUUCUCCGGGUCCCCGGUAAACGUGCAUCCUUCCGUAAGGGGAAGCGGCGAAGCGAUUCGCGCGAUUUCGCCGUGCGCCGCCGGAGGCGGCUCGCGCGACGUGCACGACGACGAUAAGUCCCCGGCGAUCGUAGAGUCGCAGGAUGACUCCGGCAACAGCUACAAGAACCUACAGAUCGAGAUGUUCGACUUCGAGGAGGAGGGACGUUGGUCCGAGCCGCGGGAGGAUAUCGAGGAUUUCGACGACUCGCUGAGCAUUAGGAGCGUCGAUCGAUUCUUACCGAGUCUCGAUCGGCGAAACAGCUUCGACGAGAUAACUUGCCUCGUCAGCUCGUCCUCUUUUGAGGACGACACGAACGACUGCGAGAACACGGAAACGUCAGCCGUCGUCGACGAGUCCGCUGAGGACGCCGAGCACUCCGCUCAGCGAUCGAAGCUGUACAAGAAAUUGUCGGGGAGGAAGUCGUUGAAGAAGAUGCUGUCGUUCUUCAAAACUAAGCGAUACUUCGAGAAGAAGGCCAAGAACCCAGUCGACAAGGCGAAGUUCAACUGGCGGGACACGCAGCGGAAGUCGCAGUGCACGAUGCUCAGCCCGGACUCGGGAUUCGGCGAGCAAUCCGCCAGUUCCCCCGGCACCUCUUUCCUCACCGCGGAAAAGUCGGCGAGCAACGUUCGCCACGAGGAGUCGCCGUUGACCUUCAGGACCUUCCGCCCGUCGCGAGACUCUCCUCCUCGCGACGGCGUCAGCAAGUGGAAGCGUCGUCCGGUGCUGAACGAACUGUCUCGCGAGAACUCCUCUUCCGUGGCUGGACAGACCUCCCGCCACGACCUCUUUCCUGCGAACUCGCCCCCGCGGAUCCUCAAACAUCCCUACGUGAAGGUCUUCGGGAACACCUACCUCUCGCUGACGAGGGUGGAUGAGGUAGGCGAGCAGCUCGACGUGAGCGAACUGCGACACGAGUGCAGCACGUCGUGGGAUUUCUCCCAAGAUGGAUGGGUAUCGUCGUCUCCGUAUCACGUCUGCGAGGAGCCAAGGUGGAGGUCGACACCCACGCUCGCCAGCUUCGCCAGGGAAUCGUCCUUUCAUGAACCGUUCAUCCAGGGUAAGAAGCCGCGGAUCAACAACGUCUGUCGACACGACGCGAGGAGAAAGCCGAUUUUCAGCACUGGCUCCGUGUCAAGUAUCAGCGGCUCGCCCUGCUUCGCCACCGUGAAGCCGAGGAAUUGGAGAUCUUACAUGCGCCCGGAGAGAUCGUCUGAGGAGGACGGUGGCAUCAGAAGGCGCGCCUCCUUAUGAGAGGCAUCGGCGGGAUCCUCGAAAGGGCCGAUGAGUUCAUAAUAGCGCGUUCGAGCCGCGGUUUAAUUAAACUUCGCCGUUCGGGCGCACCGCGCCGGAGAUAGCCCACUAAUGCCCGCUCGUAGUUAAUUAACUCAGGUAGACAAUUUAAUUUGCUGGGAAAAAUAUAGUGCCGGGGCGGCGGCGAUUAAAUCAGCAAAACUAGCGAGUGCGUCGAACGCGAGCUCUCGGUGGAGCAACAAUUGUAAUAUUAAUUGUCUCAUCGCGCGUGUACAUAAAACGCGGCGUUUUUGUAAUUAGUCAACCUGUCCAUCGUGUAUUAACGAGAGACCCGAGCGUCAUUGACGCUAAUUGCCUCGCCAAUCUUGCUUCGCCUCGACGAAACGACGGUCGAAGCUCCCGCCUGAGCGAUCGAUGCUCUUCGCAGAAUAAUAAUAACUUACUUGUGAUCACCUGUGAUAAAGGGCUGCGAUUAAAGCCCGUGAUAUUAAAGAUAGUCUGUGUAUCGUGGAUCGUAUUCCUACGUUUAGGUUUACGAGAGACAACUGUAAGUGUGCGAGGUCCAACUACGUGUCGAUAUCAUUCGUCCCCGCGAAUCUCAGGACGCUGUUCCGUGCAAUCCGGUAUGAUUUUUUUAAUCCGGCAAAUUCAAAGAUACCGAAGUUGACGGUGGAAUUUAUCGACUGCCGCACGCGAGGCUAAUUCUAUUGCGGACGUUUGAACUUGCUUAAGAAUUUUUGUAUGAUCUUUUCCCCCCUCGCUCUCUCCGGCGCGUGUUUGCGAAAUGAAGAAGGAUGCUGAAACGUCGUUUGCGAACGAGCUCUACUUACUUUCCUCGCUAAGAAAAAAAAAGACAACCGAUAGCUUCCAUCUCACGACGGAUUAAUAAUAUCGCAAAGAAAGAAAUCUCGUCUUCGUUUCUCGCGAAAUGACACACGAGGAUUUGUCCGAUUCGGUAUACGUCUGUACACCCGACGAAGAAGUUUACAGCGAAGGCCGAUAUCAGUGUAAAGCUUAUAUGUAUACUUAGUGUCUGACGAAGAUGCACUUUUCGAGUCUCUCGUAUUUCUCGCGGAAAUAUCGGAGGGGAUCUCGUCGAAUGGCGUCGAGAACGGAGCUUUAUAUUGGAGUAAUUUUACAGCCCUUGACUCGUCGGAAGCUGUCGAUAUUGUAGCUUAAGCACUGAGCAAGUCGACGUUCAGUGAUGCGGCGCGCCUGUAAUUGACUACACACAUUAAGGCACAAUCAUUUUGUUUUUCC